AUCUGAACUGAACCACCCCUUUUGCCUUCUUAGCCAAAUCACCAAAAUGUCCAGUUAGAAUGAAAACUUAGCAUUCUGCAAAAAGAAGUUAACAGCUGAGAAAAAAAACGUUCUGAAAUGGAUCCCAAGGAUUUCAUCUUAAUUUUGUUUUGUGGACACCUCAAUGAUCUAUUUCUCUUAGAGGCAGAAGAAAUUACAACAGAGCCUACUGUAUUAAGAACCUCAACGCCAUUUGUCUCAGCUAAUUCUCACAACACAACAGGAAAUCCUUUGAGUCAACCAACAGAAUUCAACCAUGUUUCUUCAGCACAGCCAACAUCAACUGCUAAAGUUGCUGCUGGACAGUCAACACCAGCUGUCGAUGCUUCGUCUGAAAAACCAGCAGUGCACACUUCUGCUGGGCAACCACUUGCCUUUAACAUCACCAGACAACAAAUACCAACGGCCAAUGCCUCCUCCCAACCAACAGUACCACCUGUGCUUACUUCUGGUGGUACUUCUCUACCACCGUCUGCCCAUACUUCUCCCAAACAACUGCCGCCACUUCUUUCUACUUCCACUCAACAACCAUCAUCUAGCCAUACCUCUUCUGGAACACCAAUACCACGAACUGUUCAUAAUCCAGCUAUGCAACCAACAACAACGGUCCAAAGGCCACAGAGGUUCACCCCAGGAUUCAUCUUUGAAACUACCAGUAACACAAAUCACCCACGUGACACCAAUUCCAAUUUGAUAGCUGCCAUAUUAGUGGGUGUAAUUCUGACUUCUAUGUUUGUAGCUAUAGUCAUGAUUGUACUAUGGAAAUGCUUGAGAAAACCAGUUUCAAAUGAUCAGAAUUGGGCAGGUAGGUCUCCAUUUGCCGAUGGUGAAACCCCCGACAUAUACUUGGAUAACUUUAGAGAAAACGAAGCACCCACAAAAAGGACAUCAAUUGUUUCACUUAUGCACUGGAAACCAAACAAAAACACACUCUUAGCAGAUGACUUAGAAAUCAAGUUGUUCGAAUCGAGUGACCAUGUUGGAGAUUCCAACAAUGCCAAAACGGAGAAAAUAAAAGAUCAGGUAAAUGGCACAUCAGAGGAGAGCGCUGGGGGGUCAACAAUCGGUACUGCUCUUUCUUCUUCAGAUGACGCAGACUAUCCACCACCUUCCUCACUUCUUGAUCUGGAAGGACAGGGGGGGGACCAAUCCGACAAGCCCGCAGUGACAGUUCUAUCUCCUCUUCCAAAUGAUUUCACCAACCUCCCACCGUCUCUGGACUGUCUCAAUCAAGUCUGUGAAGAUUAUAAUCCUGAGUCUGAACAAUCAUUUCCCCCUCCUCCUGACUCAUUUCACUUGUCCCUGGCACCAGGAGAUUUCAUGGGAAUCCAGGAACAUUCCACCAGUGAGAUCCAGGGUCAGGAGUUCUCUAUUCCCCUUGACUCUGGCGAAGCCUUCAGUGACUCCCUGCCACCCCCACCUGAAGAACUGUUCUAAAUACUGUGAUUUGCUUUUUAGCUGGUUUUCCAUGCUUCCUAUGGAACGCCAUCUUUUGUUUUUCUUCAUGUGAUGAAAUAUAUUAAAUGGCAACAGGUAGCUGAUUUUGAUUUUUAUUCAGGAACUACUCAGCCCAUGUGCUUGACUGGAACUUAUUUUUAAAAAAUGAUAUAACAGUGAUCUAUUUAGUAGCUAUUGUACCUAACUUUAAUGUACAGAACAUUUUACCUAUGUGGAUCGUAUGUUUGUCAAUAACUUAACCAUUUUGUAAAUAAGCAAUCUACAUAUAGUGAAUAUUGUCUAAUGGAUAUAUAUAUAUUUUUUUCCUGAAUAGCUGUGUAUAAAGUUACCUUGAAUAAACAACAUUUUGUUUUUCCA